GUUCAUUCAUUGGUUAUGGUAAUCUCUUUAAACAUUGAAUUGAACUUGUUUUUCACUUUUCAGACAGGAACGGUUGUGUUCAGACAUGUCUUCUCUGGCUGCUACCAGCUGUGUCUGACUCCUCGCCGUCACUACCAGGCUCUCCAGGAGCUUGUGUCCUCUCCUUUGGCCCUUGCUACCAACUACGUCAAAACUCCAAUCAGCACUCUUCAGGAUCCCUUAUUCUUCCUCGACAUGACUCAGUCCAGUUUGACAAUGAAAGCCCAACUAAGGAUCAAUCCGAUGGUGGCUAUCGUUACGCUGAGCCAUGGUAUCAAUAUGGCGGCCGGCCCACACGCCUGCCGUGACACCGGGAUACCCAUCGCUAACUGUGCCACUUGCUUGGGCUCUCCAGAAAUUCAAUGUUCGUCUGAAAGUAGAGACUCUGUGAUUCCUGCGUGCUCAUAUCAGGGGGAAAGCGUGGUCAAGUGUCGUUUCUCCGGACUGAAACCGGGAAACUACUGCGUAAGAGUGCAGUUUGACGAUGACCGCUGCGUGGCCGACACUAUCUGGAACGAUGACAACAAUUAUUCUCCCUGCACCUGGGAGACUUUCAGAAAGUUUGUGACAGCUGAACCAGCCAUUGAAGUGGACAUCCGACCUCAGGGUUCUGUAAUUAAUCCAAUGCUGCUGGCUCUGCUCGUUCUUGCAAUCGUUGCUGCGUGUCUGGUGGUGGCGUUGGUUGUCUACCGUCGCACUCCCAACUACGGCCGGUUUCUACCAGUGCCGCGCAAACCAAUACAGCUGGCUGAGCGGCCCACGGUGCUGCUGCUGUAUGCCAGGGAUUGUCCCUUGUUCAUGCAAGCUGUCGCGCAUCUCAAGACUGUAAUGAAGCGACUCAAUAACUGCCAGGUGAUGGACUGCUGGGAAGACAGUCAGUACGACAGUGUGGCGAAGAGUCCCUCUCAAUGGUUAUUGUCGUACCUCACAAACCCUAAGGUGCGGGUGUUGUUGGUAAUAAGCCCUACAAGUGCGCUGCUGGAGGCUGCGCUCGUCCACAGAGUGUUCGUCCAAUAUCGGCAACGUCGAGCGUUGGACUGUGUGUUUGCCCAAGCGCUCUCCUCCCUCCACGAGACCUCUCACGACUCUUAUAAACGGCUCUUCGUUGUCAGGUUUGAUACAGAAUCUGCAGGUGUUGUCCCCCAGACCAGGACCUAUCUGAACCCUUUGACAACAUACAUUCUACCAGUGAACCUCAAUAAGUUAAUGACCACUCUUCACAAUUUGGACUCCACAGUGGUAGCUGUGGAGGACAGUCAGCCAGAGGUCGUUGCUCUCUCAGACGCCAUCUCAGAGUACCGGCGUUACCUCAGCGAGAACCCUCGGUAUCUCGACAACCUGCUCACUUCGGACACGGUACCUUCAGUUCACCAGAUAAUGGCCUAGACAUAGUUUCCUUCUUCACACUUGUACAUUAUACUUUACACCGUACGGCUGUGCACGUACGAUGUGAUCUAGUUGUCGGUUGACAUCUUCACAUGUCUGUGAGAUGUCUAUAACAUUCUUGUUUCCGAUGUUUUCAUACUAAUUUAUUAGUUUCUAUGUUUAACACACCUAGUGUGUGAUGAUGGUUUUUUAAUUCUGUAGUUGUAUCGUUCACCGUAAGAGUUUCUUAUUAUUUGUGUUCGUUUUUCUACAAUGCCUCUAAAAUUGUUGUUCCUCUGCAGAAGAUUUUUGUUAACUGCAAAACUUUGAUGUUAAAGGAAAUAUUGGACACCAAGAAAUUUAAAAUGGCCUAACGUUUAAAGAUGUUAUCAAAAUAUAACUGAUAAAAGGGAGUCAAUUCAAAAGUAAGUGCUUUUUGCCCAAAUCCAGAUAAAAUAGAAGGACUAACCAUUUUACAAAGUCCAUGCAGAAUUUGAUAACUUCUUAAUAGAUUGAAUUUAUAACAUUUUAAGUAAAGGAAUACAUAAGUUAUAUGAAGUGUCAAGAAGCUUUAGAAGAUCACAAUGCCUCUUGUCAUUUUCCAUUAUUAGGACUGUAUUAUUAAAGUUUAUAGAUACAUAAUAUAUUUUAAUGAGAUAAUACACAAAUUUUCUGAAAUGUAGCUUUAGUUAUAUUUUUAUAAUACACAAAUAAUAUUGAUGUAUAUAUAUCGCAAUAUCCGCUAAUAAGUUUAAUUGCCAUAAUAGCGUUCUAAAAAAGAAAUGAGUAAUAUAUUUUAUUAAAAACUCAUUUUCUAAAAAUUCCCCCAAAAACAGAUUUUAUAACUGAAUUACAGUAGUUUUUACUAGUAGAAAUAAUAACGAGUAAAAUUUAACAAUUUUCGUUUUAGGUUAGUAGUGGUUUCGUACAACGAAUAGUGGUGUAUUCCUGUGGUAAGAUUAGUAGAGAAACAUUCAUGAAAUAUUGUUAUUCAAAUUAAAUUAAAUUUUGUAUUAUUGUUAUUAAUCACCCCAGGAUGUAUUAGUUUAGUUGGAACUUCAGUAGACUAUUCAGAUUAAUUAUUGCGGAACAGAUUCCAGCGAUUUGCUUUAAAGUUCAAACUCAAAUCUCUUAACUUUAGUGGCAAAAGUUUUUAUUAGUAUAUAUAAAAAAUUCUGGUGUUCCAGUGUAAAUAUGGUGCAUUCAAAAAGUCAUGAAAACUCUGGUGUUAUUAUGUGUCUUGAAUAAAUUAUUCAUUUAAUAAUAUUUUAAUUUAUUAUCCACAAUCAGAGAGCUUUCCAAUGCUGUGGUAUUUUUUAAUGUACAUAGUAUCAUAUUUAAACUGGUAAAAAAUUAAUUAACUUCAUUUUUCAAUCAUGCUGUUUAUUUUCUCUCGAGUAUAUCUGAAUCUCUUCAAUAGCAAGUCUGAUUACGUAUAAGUUAACGAGUAGUGUUUAUUGCGCUCAAUUACAAUACGAGGGUUGUGAGUUAUUGUAUUUAUCACAGUAAUACGUUAAGGCUAAGUAGUGAACGUAGUGAAACAUACCUGACCACAUCACAAUACAGCACACAAUACGUGCAGACUGGUACGUACAAUAAGUGACCACUCUGUAAGUUGGCACUAUUGUAUUUGGAACUCUUCAAGGUGGUUUCUGCAGUUGUGAAUUUGCUGUGGUUAUGAUUUCCCGUAAGUUCCUAGGACAUUCAGUCAUGAUGUCUUUUAGAUUGAAAAAGCCGCUAUUAGAUUUUAUGACCCAAAAAAUAAAUAAAUAUGUAUUAAAUUUCAGAGUGUAUUACAGCACAAAAGGAAAAAAAAUUCCACUUAAAUACAUUAAUACAAAUUUAUGGAAUUAUUUGAUACUUUUAGUAUUAAAAUCAGAAUAUCAUGUAAUUUAGAUUGAAAAAGAGGUUAUUAGAUUUUAUUACCAAAAUAAAUAAAUAAAUAUGUAUUACAUUUCAGAGUGUAUUACAACACAAAAGGAAAAUUUAUUUACACUUAAAUACAUUAAUACAAAUUUAUUGAAUUAUUUGAUACUUUUAGUAUUAAAAUCAGAAUAUCAUGUAAUUAGAUUGCAAAAUACACUAUUAGAUUUUAUUACCAAAAUAAAUAAAUAACUAUGUAUUACAUUUCAGAGUGUAUUACAACACAAAAUGAAAAAUAAUUUACACUUACAUAACUAUUUAAUACUUUUAGUAUUAAAGUCAAAAUAUCAUGUUGUCGCUUAAAUUAAAAAAGCUGCUAUUAGAUUUUAUAACCAAAAAUAUAAUUAAAUAUGUAUUAAAUUUCAGAGUGAAUUAUAACACAAAAGGAAAAAUAAUUUACACUUAAAUACAUUACUACAAAUUUAUCGAAUUAUUUGAUACUUUUAGUAUUAAAGACAGAAUUCAGAUUGAAAAAGACGCUAUUAGAUUUUAUGACCAAAUAAAUAAUUAAAUAUGUAUUACAUUUCAUUGUGUAUUACAACACAAAAGGAAAAAUAACUUAAAUACAUUAGUACAAAUUUAUGGAAUUAUUUGAUACUUUUAGUAUUAAAGUCAGAAUAUAAAAUAAUUGUGGGAAUAAUGUCGUAAAAAUAGAUAACGUAGACCAUAAAGAUUUAUUGUUAUUAUGAAAAUAAAUAAUUUUUAUGGAAUAAAUUAUGCAAAAUUUUGAUUAAAAAAUCAAUAUUUCUGCCCUAAUAAAAAGAUAGAACAGCUGUAUUCUGUGAGUGUAAUCAGAAACAAAACAAAAGUUCUUUUAACGCGUAAGUUGAUUUUUUGUAGUUAUUGGAUUUAAUUCAUGCUCAAUGAACCCAGGCUACCAGCAAAAUUUGUAAUUUAUAUGCUUGAUCUCAUCAGUUGAAAAACCACACCUUGAAUUGUAGUAGCCUGCAUUGUGAAACCAUCUUGAAGAGUUAUUUAUCUGCAUUGUGAUCUUACUGUAUUUAGUGUAAGAAUUUUGUAACUGUCUUGUUACACAAACAUGUUACGCUAAUCGUAAAAAAGACCCCCAGGUCAGGUUUGGCCAGAAACUAUUUGAACACACUGUGUUUGCUAUCUUCGACUGUGUUGCUACAGUACCGUUUCAUUCUCUCAAUAAACUGUUACUUAUAUAAAAAUAGGCCAAAGAGUAUAUUUGUGGUGGCCGUAGACAUUUGUGUGUUGAGAAGUGUUCGCCGUAACGGUCGCUUCGUCCGACAUGGGUGCUUUGAAACGUAUGGAGCAGAUUUUGUUUUUGAAUGUUGUAGUGCUCUUUGUGAAUAUUUUUUUCUACUAUUGAUAUGUACUGUUUGUUAAUAUUAGUUUUUCUCUGAGAUUUUGCUGUGUUUACUACAUGUUGUACAAAAUAUGUUGUAAAUAUUAAUUGUAUAUUACGCAUGUAUUACUUUGUAAUAAUUAUAAAGUUAUGUUUUGGUUGGUUGUGUUAACAAUGGAUAAGUAAACGGAUUUGAAUCCAAUAUUUGUAAAAUAUUACCAUUGUUUACUAAGUUGAAUAAAUUCGCGUAUUCAAUUAGUUAUGUCCGUA